AAUUAUGGUUUAUUGCAUUCGCAAUUGGCAUUAGUUUGUGAUUACCAGUAAAUGUUGAAGUAGUAAAUAAUAAAGGCUUAAUUAAUUCAUUAUUGCUGUUUUUGUAAUUAAUUUUAUCAAAACAAUUUUACCCUAUUGGUGAAUUAUCAAGAAUUUUUCUACAUUAUGGCUACUUUGGAAGAUAAAAUUCUGGGUGAGAAAUUGCAAAACUAUUGUAGCAGCAGUGAAGAUGAGGGUUCUGGUGAUGAAGACAGUCAAAGCGGUGAUGAGGAAGGGAAUGCUUCUAAAAUGUGUUCGGUGCGCGCAGAACCUCCACCUAUUAAUAACUGGAACGGUUCCGCCACCAACACUGGUCCAAAAGGUGUACUUGAAGAUUGGAAGAGAUUUAAACAGUUAGAAGCUGAAAACCGUAAAGAAUUGGCUAAAGAGCGUAUUGCUCUCGCUAAGAAACUUACCUUAACCGUAAAAACAGCACAAGAAGAAGAAGAAGCAAAAGAAAUUGAUGAGCUAGAGGAUGAAUUAAAUGAGCUAAUGGAUGAGGAUUUCUUGAUGAAAUACCAGCAACAGAGAAUGCAAGAAUUAAUGGCUCAAUUACAAAAAGCACCUAAAUUUGGGAAGGUACUAACAUUAAACAGCCAAGAAGAGUUUUUAAAUGCUAUUGAUAAAGAAGACAGCAAAGUUACAAUUAUUGUACAUAUUUAUAAUAAUGGUGUUAAAGCAUGUGAGAGUAUGGAUGGCUGUCUACGGUUAUUAGCACCUGAUUAUCCAGCUGUGAAAUAUUGUAGGAUAGCUGCUGAUAUUACGGGACUGAGUCGUCACUUCCGCAUCGAUGGAGUACCAGCUUUAUUAGUGUAUAAGGGGGGACAAAUAAUUGGUAAUUUUGUAAAACUUGCAAAUGAACUUGGUGAAGAUUUCUUUGCAACUGAUGUUGAGAAAUUUUUAAUAGAGUAUGGAAUGUUACCAGAAAACUAAUUUUUUUUUGAUAAUAUUACAUUGCUUA